UUUUUCUUUCUUUCCGUCUUUCCCAAAGCCCAGAGCCAAGCGCAAUCCACCCAGGUCUCGACCGUUCCGCAGCAUGGAGCCAGAGCAGAGUAGCCCCGUGCAGGAGCCCAUUCCGGUCCAGACUGCUCCCGCAGCCCCAAAUGAAAUCCAUCACCACCACAAUCGCUAUGUUAUCCUGAAGCCCAGUCGCCAUGCCCGGCGGCCAGUCUUGCGUCGCAGGACCAGUGCCCAGCCGGCGGCUGCAUCGCACACUGAGGCAUCGCGGGUGUCCGUUGAGAGCAGCCCGUCUCUCCACGAACUCUCGAUCCGGGAGCUGGAUCUGGACAGUCUUGACGGUCCUGUCCGUGCAGAGUCCUCCGACCCUGUUCGUGCAGAGUCUCCUGGCCAUGUUCGUGCAGAGUCUCCUGAAUCCAUUUCGCAGCGGCUCGACCGAGGGCCUUCAGAGGCUUUGCGGAGCCAGCGCCGGCUGACGACCCACAAGUCCACCAACAACAGCCAUAUCAUCGUUGGACUGGAUGUGGACCCCGACCGGGCCGAAAAACAAGACUUUAUCGUUCGUCUGGGCAAGGCAUUCUACCGAUAUGGCGCAACAAGCUUCCGCACCGAGCUCCAUCUUCGGUACAUCUCAAAGGCCCUAGAGAUCCCCGGCGGGUUUGCUGCCCUUCCAGGCUUGAUCCUGACGUCCUUCGGAAGCCCGCACAUCACCACGUUGUCCAGCGAAACCUACCUCAACUUUGCGCCUCAGGGAUAUGACCUUGGCAAACUGGUCGCCGUCACCAAGCUGGGUGAAGAGAUCUGCAACAAAGUCAGCGACAUCAGUUCGCGUGUGGUCGAAGGCCUAGAUGAUGGCGAUCUGGACUUUCCACCCCGACAUUCCGUCAAGCAAAUCUUCCGCAACGCCAUCCAGGAACUCGAUCUGAUCAUGGAAAACCCUGGUCCGUGGGAUCGGAACUGGCUGCAGGCCUUGGCCUUUGCCCUGGGUGGUGGAAGUGUCGUCACGCUCGCCUUCAAGGGCACCUGGGUCGAUGCCAUAGCAAGCUUCAUCUUUGGCUGGAUCGUGGGCUUCAUCAGCAUUUACGGCCCCCACUUCUUCCCCAACUACUCGCACCUGACAGACCUUGUCUCCUCCUUGAUCGUCACCAUCCUGAUCCGCAUCGUCCAGACGCUGAUUCCGUCAAUGUGCUUCAGCUUCGUGCCGAUUUUUCUGUCGUCGCUUAUUGUGCUGCUCCCAGGGCUGCCCUUCACCGUCGCUAUUCUGGAACUUGCCUCCAAGAGUCUGCUCUCCGGGACGGUGCGCCUGGUUUAUUCGCUCCUGACGGCUCUGCUGAUGGCCGCUGGCGUCGUCAUGGGCUCUGCAAUCCCGGGACUGGCCAACUUUUUCCAGUCCCAGAGCCUUGGCUCCUCCAUGCCGAGCGGCCAGCAAUGCAUUGUUCCGCCGGCACCCACGAGCCUUCUGUGGUCGAUACUGAUGCUGCCAAUUGCGACGCUGUCGAUCAACAUCUCGUUCAAGUCGGCCUUGCGCGACUGGCCCAUCAUGUUCUUUGUCACUUCGUGCGGAUUCGGGACGUACAUCCUUACAAGCACCGUCCUAGGCGUGCCCAACGCACCGUCGACUGCGAUUGCGGCAUUUGUUAUCGGCACGCUUGGCAAUCUCUACGGCCGACUGGGUUGGGGCCUCGCUGCCGUCCCGAUCACCACGGCCAUCCUCGUCCUGGUUCCUGGCUCGGUAGGCGUCCGUGGCAGCCUGGAUCUGAUGCUGGCCUCCGAUCUGGGCAGUGGCACUGCUGUCCUCAACAUGUUCCUAGUGUCGGUCUGGCUCAACAUCGGCCUGUUCUUCUCGACACUCCUGGUCUUUCCGACGACCAAGACAGACUUUGUCGACCGGGGCGAAUUGUUUCGAGGGUUUUAGACCGAUACUGGCUUACGGCAUGUCCUUGGCAGCGUCCACAAACCGAACCAGUGACUUUUGUUUGAUGUCUAUGUCCAACCUCACCAAGUUCUGAGUAUAUACAUGUCCAUAGUGUAUCUAACAGCAGCA